CACUUUCACACGAGCGCGAGCGUUUUGCAGAGCGGAUCAUAAAAUUUGCAAUUUCACAUUUACAUAUUUUCAAGAAUAAAAUAUUUGUACAUACAUACAUACUACAUUUAUGUUUAUAUAAACUACAUGAAGUGGCUAAGGUGCGCAACAACAAAUCACAAUAAUUAAAACCAAAAAAAGGAGGAGCUUUGAAUCGUUGUCUGCAGACUAAUCGCACAGCUAGUAAUAAAUCAGACAAAAGUGCUAUAAAAUAUUAACAAACAAUAAGUAAAAUCAGUGGUGAAGAGGAAAUUGUGCCGCAUGUAUUGCACUUCGCAUCAAAGAAACAAUCAACAACUGGCGUUGUAGUGUCGCCACGGUGAACGGACGGCGGUUAAGUAAAUGAGAUUAACCACCUCGCAUUGGCGCGCCGUUCGGCGGUAUUUUUUAGUUUUCACCGCCAUUGCAUUGCUGCCGCUAGCGCUUGUCUAUCUGGUGCGAAACGAGCAAAUUUACCGCAUCAAAGGAUAUGAGUAUGUUAAUGAGUCACAUGUGCCAGUAUUGCCGGAGGAGUCAGUGCACACGCUUUCGCCGAACGAUGUGGAGCGCAUCGAGAAGCGCAUGGAACGGCGGCGAAAACUGCUGCAAGAGAAAUGUGCCGAAUUUGGCCUAGAUGUAGUGGGUAACGACACAUGGCACAAGCCCAACGCUUGGGAGUUUUUAGUCAAUAAAAAAUAUCACAUUAUAUGGUGCAAUGUGUUCAAAGCUGCCUCCUCAUCAUGGAUGUUCAAUUUUAAUGUAUUAGCCGGUUACUCGCCGGAUUUCCUACAACGAACCAAAGAAGUGUUCCUGAAUUUGGCAAGGGAACGUUAUCCGCGCGUUUCUAUUGAAAAGCUGCGAGAAGCACAAAAUGAUUCGAUUACAUUCAUGAUAGCGCGCCAUCCAUUCGAGAGGCUAUUAAGUGCAUAUCGUGAUAAGCUGGUAUUUGCCCUACCACACUCCUAUCACGACAAGUUGGGGCGGCGCAUUGUACGCAAAUAUCGCAGCAAAAGUUUGGAUAUGAAUUCGCCCAAAUAUCCAACAUUCCCAGAGUUCGUGCGUUGGCUCUUGGAUCAGAUAAAGCAUGGCAAUGUCCAAAUGGAUAUGCAUUUUGUAUCGUCGACAAUGUUUUGCACGCCAUGUGUCAUCAAUUUUGAUGUGAUUAUGAAAUUCGACACACUCGACGAAGAUCAAUUAUAUCUCAUACACAAGACUGGCUUGACGCGCGUCAUAGCGCCCGAGUGGCGUAAUGCGGGCAAAGGCAAGAAUACGCAAGAGUUGCUGCAAUCAUUCUACUCUAAGUUGACGCAUAAAGAAAUGCAUGGACUUUAUCAAUAUUACAAGUAUGACUUUGAAUUAUUCAACUAUAGCGCGUCAUCGUAUUUUAAUUUGGUACAAGAAAACGGCACCUGAGAAGAAAGUAGCCCAACACGAUGGACGGAGAAAGUAGCAACAGCCGUAGCAGCAUUUUAGGCGCUUCGCAACGCAGCCGCACUCCUCUCAGCAACAACGAAGCACACGAAUAUAUACUUAUGCACACAAAUCUACAAACAUACAUACAUACAUAUGUGUAUGUACACCGACAAACCAUACAUAUGAAUUAACAUACGUACAUACAUACAUACAUAUACAAACUAUACUACUUACUUACAUACAAUAUACAUACAUAAACAUAAAUAAGUAAACGCUAAUGAACCAAAAAGCUCGAAUAGGAAAAUAAAGUGAAAGGUUAGAAGUGGACUGAGAGUGAUGAAAUUCAAUAAGUUCCAAAUGGUUGGCGUGAAAUUCAACCAAAAAUAUGAAUGUAAAAUAUUUACAUAAUUGAUUUUUAUACGUAAUAUGGAAAUUAUGCUUGCCACUUUGUCGGCAACCUUGCAUAUCCAACUAAUUGGUUGCAUAUUCACUAAGCUCUUUUAGACACGCACGUUUUCAUGGCUGGACCGCGCAGCCACGAGCAACUUCUAUGUAGCUAGAGCACUAACAAGAAGUGACGCAUAAAAUACAUACACAUACAUAAGCACUGGCUCGUUAAGUUGAAGUAAGUAGGCGGAUUUGAGGGUAAUUUGAGCAUUUUGAAAAGACACUGUACAAUAAUUUAGCGACGUAAACUAGCUGAUAAAUUUUAACGCCGUACGCGUAGUUACAUUAAUUGGUAGUAGUGCUAAGCUUUAGAUUUUUGCUAAAUAAUUAAAGUAAAUAAAUUAAAAUAACAAAAUAAAAUAACCAAUUACUGAGCACUGGUUCGAUUCAGCGAGCAUAUAACCAUACCAUUGAAGGCAUGUGUGCGAAGAUGACAGCGUGGAAUGUAGUGGAAAUUUAGUUGGUGCAGUUGGAGUUCCAGAUGAAAUGGCGCGGCUUAAAAUAUGCUUUAGAAAAUAUGGAAAAUUAUUAAUGCAUGCUUUAGGCAGCCUUUUAAAUGUAAUAAGCAUACUUCUAGGCGCCUGGUUUCCUUUCGAAUCAGCCUUGCAAUCAUA